AUGAUCCUAUCCGCGCCAUUGGCCUUGGCGGUCGUCGUAGCUUCAGGCUUUGAAACAGCGACGGCGUCACCCACGAGCGCGGCUAGUGGGAUACUGGCCAGUAUAGUGUCAUCUGCCGUGCUGGAUGGGAAGACGUACUUGAACAAGGGGAUUGUGGGUUUUGGCUAUAUUCCCUCUAACUUUCGGGAAUCAACCGGCGAUACCCUCGGAGGAUUUGGUAGUGCUAUUGCUCUUAAACGAGGGACAUGGAGGAAGAAGGGAGGGAAGUUCUAUGGCACCCUCGUCGCUCGUCCAGAUCGCGGAUACAACGUAGUUGCCACAAUUAACUACCAAGCCCGUCAACAUGAAAUCGACUUCGUUCUGUCGCCUUACUACGAAUCGGCGAACCAGACCCUCGAAGCCGGCGCGAGAUCACUGCAGCUUCAGUAUAAGAAGACCAUCUUGCAGUACGACCGCCAACGCAAGACGACGAGUGGGCUAGAUCCUAAUGCAGUCCGGGGGGCUCAAAGAGGAUUCGAACUGAAUCCUUUGCGAGACCCUGAGAUGCCUGUCGUUGCGAAAGAGGAUGAUAGGUUGUCGUUGGAUGUGGAAGGGUUGGUGACCAACAAGGACGGAUCGUACUGGAUAAGCGACGAAUACGGGCCCUAUAUCUACCGUUUCUCGGCUGCUGGGCAGCUCCUGCAGACCAUCCAACCACCCGCCGCGGUUCUUCCCAGCAAUGCGUCUGGGCAGUUGAACUUUACCUCCGCCGUCGACCCAGUAACAGGUCGCAAACCCAACCAAGGUUUUGAGAACCUAGCUUUUGAUCCAAGUACCUCAACGCUGUAUGCCAUGCUCCAAUCAGCGACCAUUCAAGAUGGAGGGUCCUCUAAGUCGAAGUCUCGCCAUACCCGAUUGUUUGCAUACAAUGUAUCCCACCGCCUCAUAACGCCGAGGCUGAAGGGCGAAUGGGUCAUUCCUCUGCCUCAGAGUGCCAAAGGUAACACCCUGGCAUGCAGUGAGACCUACUGGGUUGGAGACAGCAAGUUCCUGGCGCUCUCGAGGGAUGGAGAUGGGAGGGGCGGAGAUGAUGCUACCUCGAAGUACAAGCAAGCUGAUCUGUUCUCCAUCGUGCAUGCUACGGAUAUCCAUGGCACGAAGUACGACGAUCCAGCGAACCCGAUUUCACCUGGUGGUGUCCUCGACCCAGCCAUCACGCCUGCGACCUACGUGCCUUUCGUCAACUACCUUAAUGCCACCCAGCUGGCCAGGUUCGGGUUGCACAACGGCAAGCCGGACGACAGGGCCCUCGUAGCCUCGAAAUGGGAGUCUUUCGCUCUCGCUCCAGUUGGCGACCCAGCAUAUCCAAAUGAUUAUUUUAUGAUCACCGCUGCAGAUAAUGACUUUGUCUCUACCGACGGUAUUGCCCUUGGCCAGCCCUUCAACGCGGGCCUCGACAUUGAUAGCCAGAUUCUCGUGUUCCGGGUCACCCUGCCUACGCUGAGAAAGAAUGUAGUCGAUGACUACCUCGGGAUCUGA